AUGGCACGGAUCCGAGCUCGGAUCCGUGAGAGCAAAGAUGGAUCCGAUCCCUCAUCUGUACUUCUGGAGGAGUGUAUCCGAGAAAUCGAUGUGAAAAGCAAGAUUUUGAUCAUUGGCGGCACCGGAUAUAUUGGCAAAUACAUAGUGGAGGCAGGUGCAAAAGCAGGGCACCCAACUUUUGCAUUGGUCCUAGAAAACACAAUUUCAGAUCCUAAAAGGGCAGCCAUCAUAGAGAGCUUCAAGAGUUUGGGAGUCGCAUUUCUUUAUGGAGAUCUACACGAUCAUCAGCAGUUGGUAAAUGCAAUCAAACAAGUUGAUAUAGUGAUCUCGACAGUCGGGGGAGAUUUGGUAGCUCAUCAAGUUAAGAUAAUUGCAGCAAUUAAAGAAGCUGGUAACAUCAAAAGAUUUUUACCUUCUGAGUUUGGAAAUGAUGUGGAUCGUUUGCAUGGCUUUGUUGAGCCUGCCGCUAGAUUAUACAGAACCAAAGUUGAGAUCCGCAGAGCUGUCGAGGCUGAAGGGAUACCUUACACUUAUUUAGUAUCUAAUGGUUUUGCUGGUUAUUUGAAUUAUUUCCUUAACCCCUUUGGAGACUCUAGCUCUGCAAGUCCUCCCAGAGACAAAAUUGUCAUUCUUGAUGAUGGAAAUCCAAAAGUCGUUUUCUCGAAGCAAGAAGACAUAGCUGCAUACAUCAUUAAAGCAGCAGAUGAUCCAAGGACCCUGAACAAGAUUGUGUACCUUAGACCACCUGCCAACACUCUGUCCUACAACGAAAUAGUAUCAUUGUGGGAAAGGAAAAUUGGCCAGACCCUCGAAAAGAUUUACCUUCCAGAGAAGGAAGUCCUUGAGAAAAUCCAGGAGGCUUCAAUGCCAUUAAAAUUCAUCCUGUCUCUGGGAUACACGGUUCUUGUGAAGGGAGAAAUGGCCAACUUUGAGAUCGAGGCUUCUCUUGGCAUGGAGGCAACGGAUGUCUAUCCCGAUGUAAAAUGCACCGCACUUGAUGAGUACCUCAAUCAGUUUGUAUCAGAGUAG